CUCCAAGAACCUCGCCUCGGCUAGGGCUAGUGAGGCGCAUAUCUGCAUGAAGAUCGAUUGGAGUACAGACUCGCAGGAAUUCAUUCUCAUAUCUCCACAAAACAUACACUGCACGUAAGGACUGCCUGGACGAGUUGCUCUUACAGCACAGUCCAGACGACUCCACGAACUCCACGAGGAUGGCGCCAACCAAACAUAAAGCGAUGAUCAACGUCGAUAUGGGCGAGGCCUACGGAAACUACAUAUGUGGUCCGGACAAAGAGCUUCUCCCCAUGAUAGACCAUGCAAAUGUUGCCUGCGGCUUCCAUGCAGGCGAUCCCCUAGUGAUGGCCGAGACUGUGGCAUUGUGCAAGGCGCACAAUGUCAAGAUCGGUGCCCAUCCAGGUCUUCCCGAUGUCCAAGGCUUCGGACGUCGAGAGAUGACUCUCUCGCCUGAGGAGCACACGGCCAAUAUAGUCUGCCAGGUUGGUGCUCUUCAAGGAUUCCUUGCACGAGAGGGUGUGGAACUGCACCAUGUCAAGCCCCACGGCAUCCUGUACGGCAUGAUGGUACGCAACAUAGAUAUCGCGCGGGCGGUAUGGGCUGGUGUCCCGCGAGGGGUUCGAGUGUUCGGCUUGGCUGGCACUCACAUGGAGACGGCCGCGAAAGAGGCUGGCUUCGAGUUCGUGGCGGAGUACUACGGCGACGUCAAAUAUCGAGCGGAUGGGACACUGAUCGUCGACCGGAAGAAGAAGCCCUGGCUGACGGAGGAUGUGAAGAAGCAUGUCCGCCAGCAGUUGGAGGAUAGUACUGUCACAGCUGUUACUGGCGAGGUCGUCGACUUACCAGUCAAGGAUUAUCCGAUCAGCAUCUGCUGCCAUUCAGAUUCCCCGGGUUGCAUAGAGAUUGUCAAGGCAACAAAAGAGAUUGUAGACGAGUUCAACCAGAAAAGAGGGGUGUAGAUAUUCGGAGCGAACUGGUCCAUGAGCAUGGGUUGAAAAUGCUGGCUAGGCUAAUCCUUGCCUGAUAGUCUGGCAAUGGCAACUGCUUGUCCACUCUCCACAGUGUCGCCGGGCUUGAUUAGUAUGCGGUCAAGGGUGGCACCAAUCAGUCUCUCCGGAACAGCGAC